UUCUCAAUUUGGUCUACGUCCAUACCCUUUUUAUAGGCGAACGCAUUGCACCGGUAAAAGACUUCACAGACUUCACCCACACACACCCCUCAUCUCUCUCUCUCUCUCUCUCUCUCUCUCUGCCCUCUUCCCCAUCUCUCCUCUCUCACUCCCUUAAAACCUAUCCCUUCUCAUCUCUUCUGUCUUUCUCUCUUCUCUCUGCAAGUUUAUCUGUCUUUGUUGCUCUUCUGCAUCAACUUCUUCAUCUGUUCAUCCCAAAAUACUAUAUAAUUUUAUGGACAAAGGAUGGGGGCUCACCCUUGAUUCUGACUCCUUCGGCUUCUUCCUCAACAAGCCUCCGGCUGCCGUUAAGCUCGAUCAUCAUCAAAACAACAGCAAGAUAAGCAAUUUUUUUGGUGGAGAAAGGAUGUUUCCGGGUAUUGAAUUCCCCGUCAAACUUGGCGGCAGGGAAGACCAGCUGGCUGCUCCACAGCCAUCCAUUCAUGACAACAAUAAUCGUGUGGUUGUGGAUGAGGUCGACUUCUUUUCUGAUCGUAAGAAUAAGCACAAUACAACCACCACUGAUGAUCAUCAUCAGGAUAUGAAAUCCAAAGGUACAAUCAGCGUCAAGAAGGAGAAUUGGACUGGCUUGGAUGUAAAUACUGGCCUGCACCUUGUUACUGCUAACACCGGAAGUGAUCAGUCAAUGGUUGAUGAUGGGAUUUCAUCCGAUGUGGAUAACAAAAGAGCAAAGAAUCAUGAGCUGGCACAGUUGCAAGUGGAGCUCCAACGUAUGAAUUCUGAAAAUCUGAGGCUGAAAGAAAUGCUUGGUCAGGUGACCAACAACUACAGUGCUCUGCAGAUGCAUGUUGCGGCUGUAAUGCAACAACAGCAGCAGCAGCAAAAUCACACAGCCGCGGCUGAUCAAAGCUCUCAAUUAAAACAUGAUCAGAAUGUUGAAGCAAAGGCUGAUCAAGAGAAGAAACAAGGGUUGGUGCCAAGGCAGUUUCUAGACUUGGGCCCCAGAGCCACAGCCGAGACCGAUGACCAAGUUUCCAAUUCUUCAUCAGAAGCCAGAACCCGAUCGGCUUCACCUCAGAACAUUAAUGAAGCUGCAUCAUCAAAAGAUCAUCACCUGAAGAAAAAUGAUCAUCCGAUUGGUCCAUUGGAUCCCGAAAACUCUAACAAUUUCAGGGAUGGUAAAAGGGUUGGAAGGGAAGAGAGUCCUGAAUCUGAAUCACAAGGCUGGGUGCCCAACAAGGCUCCUAAGCUCAACAACUCUGCAGCUAAUAAGCCAAUUGAUCAAUCCACCGAGGCCACCAUGAGGAAAGCCCGCGUAUCGGUUCGAGCCAGAUCCGAAGCUCCCAUGAUUACUGAUGGAUGUCAAUGGCGAAAAUACGGACAAAAGAUGGCAAAAGGAAACCCAUGUCCUCGUGCAUAUUAUAGGUGUACCAUGGCUGUUGGUUGUCCUGUUCGCAAACAAGUACAACGUUGUGCUGAGGACAGAACCAUAUUGAUCACAACAUAUGAAGGCAACCAUAACCACCCUCUGCCUCCAGCUGCAAUGGCCAUGGCAUCAACCACAACAGCAGCAGCAAGCAUGUUGCUUUCGGGCUCCAUGUCAAGCGCAGAUGGGAUAAUGAACCCAAACAAUUUGCUAGCCAGAGCAAUUCUUCCCUGCUCAUCAAGUGUGGCAACACCACAGUCCCAAUUUCAAGUCCCUUUCCCAGGGCAACAGCCACAACUGCCUCAAGUUUUUGGACAGGCCCUUUAUAACCAAUCCAAGUUUUCUGGGCUUCAGCUGUCCCAGGAUUUAAUGGGGUCUAAUUCCCAACAGCAGCAGCAACAUUUGCCGCAUCAAACUCAGUCUGCCUCGUUUGCUGACACAGUGAGUGCCGCUACAGCUGCCAUAACUGCCGACCCAACUUUCACUGCUGCUCUUGCGGCCGCCAUCACCUCCAUCAUCGGUGGAGGUCAUCCGAACAACAACAACAACAACAACAACAGCACCUCGACGACCUCCAACAACAGCAAUGGAGGCAACAACAACAGCAACAGCAAAAUGAGCGGCUUCCCAGGACAUUAACUAGGAUUUUGGGGGACCUAUUAUUUUUUGUUCAUUUGUUGAUUUUUAUUUUAGUGUUGGCCGUGUCUCGGUCGUGUUUCUGCUUCUGUUUUUGGGGUUAGAACGAGAUAGCAUGUUCAUAUCUUUUCUUCUUGUUGUUGGGGAGGGUUUAGAAUCGUUACAUCGAUCACAACUUUAUUCUUUCUUUCUUUUUUUUCCUUUUUGUUUUGAAUAAUUUGAUUCAAAUUUUUCAGUAAAUACACACGAAAACAGAAAAGAAGUAGCUUCGUUUACAUAUAUGUAUUUACUAUUCCAAUGAAUGACAACAAGAACUACAUACAUGUUUUGGUUUCCA